AUGAUGGACUCUUUUUUACAGAAGGAAGCUUUUGUUGACAUCUUUGCUUAAGUCAAAGAUGUAGAUGAACAAAUUUUUGGUUUCAUAUUCAAAACUUUUCGAAAAGAAAAAGUUUAAGACUGCAUUGGAUAUCUUUCAGAUAAUGGAAAUCAAAAACAGUUAGAAUAAUAAUUCUUACAAAAAUUUAAUUUGGCAUUAGUUGAGAUGGAAUAGAAAUUGUAUAAUUUUAGAAAUUAAAUGAAAUAAAUUACUGAUGGCUUAAAAAAAAUAAAAAAUCAUGACUUCAAUAAAAAAGACUAUUCUGAUGAAAAAAUUUAUUAAUCUAUAAGGUAACUAAUUACAAUCAUGAAGGGGAAGAGAUAGAUGAUAGAAUUUUUGUUAUUUUUAGUUCAUCUCACAUCCAUAGAUAAUUCUUUAAUAAAAUGCGGGUCUAAUUCCUUACAUUUAUUAGUUUAGAUGAAUGUAGAUCUUAGUUAAAAAAAUUUUGAAAAUAUUAAGAUUUCAAAGACUUCUUUAGUUCGAGCCAAUUUUUUUAGGUGCGAUUUAAGUGGAUCUGAAUUUGAUAAUGUAAAUAUUAGCGGAAUAAAUUUAAAUUGUGCAAAACUAUUUCAUUGUAAAUGGUAAAAUAUAAGAGUUGAUUAAUUGCAUCAUUUGAAGGGCCAUCUUUCUUAGGUCAAAUAAGUAUCCUUUUCACCAAAUGGUACUACGUUAGUAUCUUGUGAUGGAGACACAUCUAUUCGUAUAUGGGAUAUUAAGAGAGGAAAAACNAAUUAAUUAAAUCUUUUCAGCCAUAUAAAUUAUUAAAUAGAAUUCAAAUUAAACCAUUCUUCUUAACAAUUCUAUUUCUCAAAAAUGAGCAAACAUAGAGCAUUAUUAAUUUUUUAUUGA